AUGGCGGCCGUUAAGACGGCGUUUCACAGGCUUCCUCGCAGAAAUAGAACUCUCGUCCGAGUCACAGCCUGCGCGCUUCUUCUUGUCGUCGUCUCAUCCCUCAGUGCUCAUGCCGCUGACAUGAAAACCCGCGGGGGCACCCAACCAGCGCCCAGUACUCAACCAACGCCCAGCACCCAGCCAACGCCCGGAUACACCAAGCCACCCACCUUGCCGCCGUCCGCUCCGACCAGUUCUAGCAACUCGGGGAGCGGAUCCCCGUUCGACCAGGACCCUUUCGGCGGCUCGACGCCCACGGUGACUCCCGUUGACUCGGACGACCCGCUGAGCGGCGAGGAGGAUCCGGCCGGCCAGCCUCCGCCCACGCCCUCCGCCACCCCCGCGCCAAACCCGCCGAAGGAAUCGCCUCCGCCUACCAAACCUGCGCCGUCUCAACCCAAGCCUUCCCCGGUUCCUGCGGCGCCGGUCAACAAGCCCACGUCAACGCCGUCAGCGCCGUCAGCGCCGUCGUCAGUCAUCUCGCAAGCAACGGGUUCGGCGGGGAAGUCGUUCGGUGGGUCGACGGGGAAGAGUCCUGUGAACCAAGUGGGGAAGACUCAAACGGGUACGGUAAACCCAAAGCCGAAGCCUAAGCCGUCGAAUGGAAAGGUCAAAGCGAGCCAGGCUGACGAUGACAGCGACGUAAUCAUCGGGCCCGCACCCUGCCUCCAGUCUACUCUGUCAGGCUUCACGAAUUCCGUCAAUCUGACGCGGCUUGGCGGGUUGAGCUUGCACUGGAAGAUAACGAGCCAAUCGUCGAUCGACUUUGCUCUGGAGGCGAAAGCGACAAGCAAGGGGAAGAGCGGAUGGGGCGCCGUGGGCUGGUCUGCGCGGAAAAGCAAGUUCCCGUCGGAUCUGAUUGUUGGUAACCUGCCGAAAGUAUCAGUCGGUGCUUACGAUAUUUACGGUUACGGCGCGGGCUCGACUCUCAAGUCGAAGUCGGUUCACCUCAGCGACACGAGCAUCGAAAAGCCCGGUGCCGGCGGUUUCAUCGCAAGGUUUACUCGCUCCACGGACGACGGAACAGUGCCAGUCCAGAUCGGCCCGAACCGCCUCAUCUGGGCGUGGUCGGUCGAGAACACCGAGGAUGUCGCGCUCCGGAAGAGCCGCCGCGGCGAGCUCGUUGUUGAUCUCACCUGCGCCGCGGGAGCCCAGCCUGUGACGACCCAGAGCAACCCGAAAAGCCCCAAGACCCCGUCGCCGGCCAAAACCAGCCCUCCUGUCGUCAAGAGCCCCGCUAAGUCUCCGUCCGUCCCCUCCAAGUUUCCGUCAAUCCCCCCUAAGUCCCCAGCUGUCCCCGGUAAAUCUCCGACUGUUCCCCCUAAAUCUCCGGCGACGCCUUCGCCGAAGCCUCCGACCACCCCCGCGACUAAGCCUGGUGUGACGCCCGCCAAGAACACGAGCAGCAGCGGCGGCGGAAGCGGCGGAAGCGGGGGGCUGAAGACGGGGAACUCGUGCGACGCGUCGUCCCUGCUAGGAUUCACCUUCUCGACGCCUCUGGUGCUGAACAAGCUCUACCUGCACUGGAAGAUCAUCGGAACCGACACUCUCAAGGUCGCCGUGGAGGCCAAGUCCGGAACGAACGUGGACAACGGGUGGUACGGGAUUGGCUGGUCGCGCGAAGGCGCCAUGGCCCCCGCCGACGCCGUUCUGGGGAAUCUGGCGGGCGGGCAAGUGAAGGCGUACAUGCUGGGGGGCUACACCAAGACGGGCGUGCAGCUGUCGAAUCGGCUCACGCUGAGCAACGACAGAGGAACGUCGACGACUGGGACCGGCAACACCAUGUUCUGGUUCUAUAGGAAGGUUGCUGAUGGCGGGCUAGCCCCGAUAAUGGACCUCAAGACGCCAUCUUACAUCAUCUGGGCGUACGCUCAGGACAUGUUUCAGACCGUGGGGUACCACGGGACCAACCGCGGGUUGCACCAGAUUGACUUCUCGUGCAAUCAACGGCCCAAGGUGAUCAUGGCGCCCGGGAGCAACAAGAUCAACGACAAAGAUGAUGACGACGAUAAUUGA